CACUUUAUUGUCAAGAUUUUGUAGAGGAAGUUCUAUUUCUUCCAUUUUACUCGGAUAAGACUUAAAGUCCAAAGUUAACUUGUAAGCCUUCCCUACCCACGUCUGCACGUGACUUGAGCCAAGUUGAGGUUAGAAAUUAUGAACCAGCAAGGUGUACUACACUGCGAAGUUUGCAAUGCACAGUUGCCAAAUUUCAAUUCCAUGAGAUGGCAUAUUCAAGGAAAAAAGCAUCAAAAUGCUCUCCAGUUCUGGGAGAAAAAGAAAGAGACAGCCAGACUGAGUAUCUUUGUACGCAACUUCCCGAUGGGCACUACAGAGCAAGAAUUGUGGCAAUAUUUUGCCCAGUUUGGACGUGUAACAAAAGUCACCAUUGUUCCUCCAAAGAAUCUUUAUGCUAUCAUUGAGUUCAGUAGUGCCGACACAGCUGACUAUGUCCUGCAACAAAAUAAUCACAAGCUAAACAGCCAGAAUUUAAUUGUGAAGUCUAGAGAAGUUGAGGUUCCUGGCCAACCUGCCACAAAUAGGUAUCAGCAUGGGUACCAGCAGUUUAGAGGUGGUGGACACCUUGGGAUGGGACCAAUGAUGAGAGGGAGAGGAGGCCCAGGCCCUGGGCCAGGUCCAGGUCGUGGUGGCUACGGUAUGGGCCGAGGAGGGUACCAGGGUAACUAUGGCCCUGGUCCCAUGUAUGAUCAGGGCUAUUAUGAUGAUCAGGAGCCGGGUUCCAGCAAGAAGAAAAAAGCAAAUGUUGAAGACCAGAUAGAACAGUACUAUCAUGAGGAACUGAUUGAGAAACUUAUGAAAGUGAAAGGGGUUCAGAACCAGUUGGAAUGGCUGUGCCAGAACCUGCAGGUGACAGCCGAAGAGGCUCAGACCAAGUUUCAGUUAUGUGAGAAGUUGCAGGCCUGUCUUGGAAGGUUUUUCCCAGGAUGCACUGUAAACCAGUUUGGCUCGUCUGUCAAUGGAUUUGGAUUGAGUGGAUGUGACAUGGACAUUUUCCUGGAUCUGAGUACAAUGCACGGCAGAACCUGGGAACUUGAGCCAGUCAAACUACCAUUUGUGCGAGACUUCAGGUUUCUAAAGGAGAAAGAAUGGGGUCCACUGAUCCCUUCUGAUCUAGACAAGAUGGGAAUGACAGACCAGUGUAAACUGAUAUCUCGUAUACUGAUAGACAACCUAGAGGGUAUUCUGGAUGUACAGGUCAUCCCCAGUAACAGGUGUCCACUGGUCAGGUUUAGAUAUACCAACUGUGACGUGAAGUGUGAUCUGUCAGUGAAUAACAAAUUGGCCCUUCAGAAUACAAAGUUGCUCUACCUGUAUAGUGUACUCAACAGUAGAGUAAGACUACUGGUUUAUGCUAUACGAUAUUGGGGAAAGGCAAAGGGAGUUUCUGGUAACCAGAAGGCCAGCACAAAGCUGUCAAACUAUGCUCUUACAUUGAUGGUACUAAAUUACCUGCAGAAUUUGGAUCCUCCUGUUCUACCAACCAUCGAGAAACUGUCACAGCUACAUGGGGCAGCAGCACGUACAAAGAUUGAGGGAUGGGACUGUACAUUUGCUAUGGAUUGGCAGAUCAUUCCACAGUCCAACAACACUCAAACUGCAGCCGAGCUUCUGUCUGGAUUUUUCUCCUAUUGGAGUGCUUUCAAUUUCAUGGACAAUGUUCUAGUGACAAAAUCAGCCACAGAAAUGCCAUUCACACAGUUCUUUGAGAAGGACAACAUGCAGGAUGGCAGAUUGAGGAGCUUCAAGGCUUCAGCUAUGAACAUGCAAGACCCAUUUGUGUUGAAUCACAAUAUAACACAGAAUGUGAAUGAAAAGACACGAGAUAAGAUUGUACGUGAGUUGAGAAUAGCAGCUAUAAAAACAUCAGUGUGGGGAAAUGAGGGAUUCUCUAUGACCACACCAUCUGGGGGAGGAGAUCUGAUUCAUUUGUUGAACAAUGAGGUACCAGAUAUCAUUCUACAAGAGGACCAAGAAAAACAGGAACAGAUCAUGGAGAAAGGUCGCAUGCCAGCAAGGGAAGCUGGAGAGUAUGAAUUUGAGAUUGAGCUUAAACCAACUCAGAUGUCAUCUAAGUUACUGAAGCAGCUACAGAAGGGAGAGAACUACAGGGUGGAGUGGUGUAAGAAAAUAUGUGAAUUUAUUAUCAGAAUCCUCAAAGAGGUGUUAAUGUUGACUGUGGAAGAGUUACCUGAGGCAACUGAAGAAAUUAGGCAGAAGAUGAAGGAAGAAAUGGCAAAAAAAGCUGCGGCUGAUAAAAGAAAUAAUGAAAUCAAGGAACGACGCAGACUUCGCCGGAUAGAAAAAAGGAAAGAACUGGAAGAAAAACUAAAGAAAGAAGAGGAAGAGCUGAAACAGAAAAUGAGUGAAAGUGAAGGGGCAGCAAGUGGUGAGCCAAUGGAAGAGGGUGGAGCUGAGGCUGGGACUUCUGGUAAAGAGGCAGAGAAAGCUGGAGAAAAGAGGUCAAGACCAGUGAGCAUCUUUGACAUUAAGGUGGAGCAGCCAAAGAAGUUUAAAGGCAUGAGGAAAUAUGAGUUGAACCUUGAUGAUAUGAUUGAGGAUUCGGAUGAUGGUGAAGAAAUUAUCGAGUACAAACCAGAUGAACCAGAGCUACGGUACAAGAGAGAGUGUGAGGCUGAGGUCAACUUCCAGCAUUACAUGAGAGCUUGGUGUAUGACAUGGGCGAGAAGGAAGAAGGCCAAGAACUAUCUUGUGAAUGAGGAAGGCAGGACUGAGGAGAACAUACCAAUGGAAAAGCUAAUCUCGAGCGCCAUUUGGCAAAAUGAUCGUGCUCCGUUAGCCCACCCUGUUGUAGGUUUCUACUGCUACAUGGAAUCUGUGAUGGAGGGCAACACUACCAAAGUGAGGGUGGAGAUGGAUUGUAAGGAAGGCUCGAGGGACUUCAACACAUUCUUUCAGUUCUCCAAGAUGUACUUAUACAGGAUGAUUGAGAAAUACUUCAAGUGAGAUUGAUGAUUUACAGUAAUUUAGAGACUGAUACAAAUUCUUGAAAACAAGAACAGACACAUUGAAAGACUUUGUGAACUAUAUUGUGCUUCUUUGUUUAAUUUGUAUUUUGAAAUUCUCAGCAUAGCACUUGGGUAUUAAGUGUUACAGUUUUCACACUUUCAGUAAUUGCAAAUUUGGUCUGUUUUGCAAAAUUUUGGAAAUGUCAAAGACUGGGAGAUGGAUUUAUAUUGUUUAAUGUUAUGAGUUUUUUUUCAGUUGUUUCUUGUACAGUACAUAAUUGUGUAGUUACUAAAAUUCUUGAUUUUCUGUAAAUAUUUUUUUUUUCGACCAAUUUAGAUCACAUCUGUGCAGUCUGAUAAUGAUCUGCAGUGUUUGCCAUUCCAUUAGUAUCUAUUUGGUAAGCAUCCCUUUUGACAGUUAAUGCUACUGUCAAAAUUGAACGAUAAACAAGUUUAUUAUAGUAAUUUAGCAGGGUAAGGGUUGAUAUUCAUUGAAUUUUCUCUAAAGUCCUCACAUGACUUUAAUUGUGUAAUCCAUAUAGGAUUUCUAAGCAUUGAGACUCUUAGUAAUAAUAUAUGUUUGAUCAUGACUUGACAUCAUUGGAGCCUAUUUCGUAUGACAAUGUUUCAUACUUCAGAUUAAAUGUAACCCUUGAUGGAUUUCAAAUUAUUUUGUUAAGAAAAAUGUUAAGAUUUGAAUCUUGUUCACCAUUAAAUUUCUUUUACUUGUUGUGAGUUUAUUGCUUUGACUUCUUUUCAUCUGAAGUCAUUUCGUUUUUAAACAUAAAAGAAGUGUGGUUAUCUCUUUGACGAUUGGCUCUUUAUGUUUUGAACAGGUUUUUAAUGUAUUUCAGAACAAAGAUAUGAAUCUGUAAUAACACUGUGCAUAAUGAUAAAAGGUAUCAUUGAAA